GUUGUUGCAGCAGCUCUCUGCUGCUUCGAGCUGGCACAAAAGAAAGUAAUAACUUCCGGUUCUUAAGGUCAUGUUUUGAGUGUAGCAGCAGCUAUAUUUGCAUGCUAGCUAAGUUGCUAACGACCUUAGACACCCUCCGAGCAAGUCAAUAGAAAACAUCAAUGUUCAACCUGUAAAUGCCAAUGGUAUUUAGAUUUUGUUAACUGUUCGCGUGUGGACAAAAUUACUAGUUAACUUGCUUAACAAGCUAAAACGUGGACCUUAGCUAAGUGGGUGUGUUGUUAAUUGAACAGACUAACGUUACACAUGGAAGAGGGAAGAUAAGCAAUUACACAGUUUCGGAGGGGAGCCACCCACUGAUGUAUGAACAUAAAGAGGACCCACCACAGAGGCAGCGGUCGACGGGGCUCGAAGGAGGAACAGCUGCCCAAACCAGGACUAGAAGAAGGUCGGUGUGUUUGGGAUCAGACACGAUGGGGGGCACAAUGGGACCGGCUCUACACUGGCUGCAAGAUGUGGCAGCUGUCACUCUCCUGAAAGCCCGGCGGACGUUAUUUCAGGCUGCCAUCCUGUUUUGUGUCCUACUUCUGCUACUCUGGGUGUCCAUCUUCCUCUAUGGAAGCUUUUAUUACUCCUACAUGCCCACUGUGAGCUUCUCCACCCCUGUGCACUUCUACUAUAUCUCUGAUUGUGAUGCCUCACAGUCGGUACUCUGUUCAUUCCCCACUGCCAACAUCUCUUUCAUGAAGAACGAGAGGGACCAGGUGAUGGCUUACGGUCAGCCUUAUCGAAUAUCUUUGGAGUUAGAGAUGCCAGAGUCGCCGGUGAAUGAACAACUCGGUAUGUUCAUGAUUAAGAUGUCUUCAUAUACCAAGGGCGGCAAGACUGUCUCAUCAGUGGGGCGAUCUACGAUGCUGCAUUACCGUUCCAGCCUUCUGCAGACCUUGAAUACUUUGCUGUUCUCUCCUUUCCUUCUGACUGGGAUGGCUGAGCAGAAGCAGCUCAUAGAAGUCGAACUCUUCUCCGACUACAAGACGAAUGCUUACCAACCCACUAUCGGUGCAGUCAUUGAGAUCCAGUCCAAACGGGUGCAGAUCUACUCAUCUCAGCUCCGUAUCCAUGCUUACUUCACUGGUGUGCGAUAUGUUCUGUACAACUUCCCCCUGACAUCUGCAGUGAUUGGCGUGGCCACCAACUUUGCCUUCCUCAGUGUUAUUGUGCUGUUCAGCUACCUGCAGUUCAUAUGGGGCGGGCUGUGGCCCCCAGACCAAGUAAGAGUCAGGGUUAUGAUGGGAGACAACACCCGCAUCCAGCAGAGGAGAGAGGAGGCUCGGAAGCGCAUGGAGAGGGAAAACUCCUACAAGGAUCUUGAUGCUAAAGUGAUUGGAUCUGUGGAUGCGGCAUCUGAUUUCCAACGGAAUGACACGGCGACGGAGCUGUCGUCAAAGGAGCGCUCAGUAAUCCCAGAUGCCUCUGGGGCUGACGUGCCAGAUACCAAGGAGGAAGGGUCUCAUGACUCUGUGGAGCCUGGGAAGAGAGAUGGGUUUGAUGGAUCCUUGCUGCCUCAGCAGGGUGAGACGGCACUCCGACAGAGACCUGGACCGUGGAUGAGCCUGUGAACCGUGCCUCUGCACAGAAUUAAAGUAGCCAUACUAUAUGCUUAAAUGCCGCAUAAUGUCUCAUCACUCUUCAGCAGACUGAAUGUGAUUUGGCAGAUAUUGAUAGACUCAAGCAGACCUAGUGUUUGAGUUGGUCCUAGUACAAAUGCAUGCAAAUAUUAUACUGUGUUGUUUUAGCUAACUAACCACAGCUUAUGGUCUUAUGUUGAGAACAGUUUACCUCAUUGUAACUUUGACCUCUGCUCACUUCUUUCUGGGUAUUGUCAGCUCAGUGGAAAGCCUGCCCUAAAGACCACAGCACUUCUGCAGUUAUAUGUUUGUAUCACCUGAGUAUUAAUGAUGCCCAUAGCAGGACAUACUACAUUCCACCUCUGGCUUGUCAAACAUUAUUGCCCACAGGAAUUUGCCAUCACCAUCAACACCCUUUUUGAAGUCAGUUGAACCUGCUCAUAUUCAAUCCUGCAAUAGCUGAUGCACACAUCCUGAUAACCCUCCCGUAAUAAUGAAAGCAGACAGUGACUCAGUUGAUUACCGGUUCUAACAUCAGUAGACUUGAUUCUGGUUUUGAAUGUAGCUGCCCUGUACUUGAAACACAAAUUUAAGUUGGAUUUGGAAUCUCCAGAACUCUUUCACACCCUUUUAGAGGAUGUGCACAAACAAGCCUUGUGAUGCUUGUUUCUCAAAGGCUCUCUCAGAGCAAUUAGAUUUGGAAAAUGUGUCUGAGAAAGUGUCUUUGUUUUUAGUAGCUUCCUAUAAAAUGUGCAGUGUCUCCAGGGACGUGAUGAAUGUGUGAAUUUAUUAUUCUUACAAUUCUUGCAAACAGAGACGUUCUGUCUCUGUGUAAUUCAUCGUUUAACUACUGUGGCACAUUUAGUUAAAGCUAAAUAUCAACGCUAAAUGUCACAAGUUGGUGUUCAUCUGUAUUCAGUAUAUGUUAAGAUGCAGUGUGAGCUCUGCAGUUACUGCCUCUGCGACAACUAACUGCGUAGUGAAAUAGAAAACUAAUUAAUAAUGCCAUUCCUUUACUGUCUUGCAAGCACACCACAAGAAAUACAUACUUGUCAGUACUGUUUUGAUCCCACAGAUAUUCUAAUACCUGUGAAAUGCCCAAGAUAUGACUUGCACCAUAAAAAUAAUCGUUAAAAACUUCUUGAGUUACAGAAAAUCUGAUAUUGAUGAAAAUAAAUAGCAAUGUCACUUAGCAUUUGGAGGGAUUAGUUUUACAAAUUCAAACAUGACAUUGACAUUUCAUACAGCAUCUGUAACCAAACACAUUAAACAUUUUUUAUUUCAGGAUUCAAAUUUCCCCUUUCAUGCAGGCCAUAUUUUUGGACUACUUAAAGUUAAUCUGAUUGGUGUUACGACAUAUGGACCCGCCAUCAGCCUGAUGUACAACACACCACUUGGCUUUAAGUGUUCCACUUCAAUGUCAUUCUGUACUUCCACACACAAACAAGCCUUGUGAUACUUGUUUCUCAAAGGCUCUGUUAGAGAAAUUAGAUUUGGAUAAUGUGUCUGAAUGUGUGAUGAAUAGCUUCCUAUAAAAUGUGUCAUGGCUCCAGCCUGAGGGACAUGAGGAAUGUGUGCAUUAAUUAUUCUUUUUCAUCUUGCACAUGGAGACAUUAUGUCUGUGUGUAAUCCACGGUUUAACUGCAGUGGCACAUUUAUUUAAAGCUAAAUGUCAAUGCUAAAUGACGCAAAUUGGUGUUUAUUCCAUCAAAUCUUUGUAUCUGUUACGGUGCAGUUUGCGUUUAAUAUUGUGAAAAUGGUAUUUAUUGUGUUUUCAUUACAACAAAGCACCAGGAUAUUUUAGAUGGGUCUUUUUAAGUAAUAUAUAAGUUUGUCAAUAAGUCUGUUAAUUUAACAUGUUUGUAUUUAACGUUACAUAACACACAGUAUAGAAAGGAUAAGUGAAGUUACUCUUUUGAAAUUGUUGCUGGUUGUUACAGCUAAGAAAGUGAUGUUGAAGCAGGAAUUGUUGGAAUAUGGCUAAGCCUCCAUUUAUUUAACCUACUCUUCAGGGGAGUUUAGGGUUUAAAUGAGUUUAUGUAGGGAUUUGUGAAAUGUUGAGUUGAUGUAGGAUUUUGUACCAAAGAUAUUGAUAAACUCAGAACGCACUCAUAAUCUUGGAGUCAUGCAGAAUAUCCAUGUAAAUGCCUCUCAAGUUACAUGAGUGGUAUUUAUGUAUUGAACUAAUUACAUAAACAUACAGCUGUGCACUUCUCUUUCUUUGUUGUCUCUUCUAUAGGUUUGGGUGACCUCUCUGUCAAAUAAUAAAGCAGCUCUAACUAUC